UAAACUCAACCUGUUCUCUAGUCCGGCAUUUGUCACGUAUUUCCUCAUCUGACCAGUAAUAUUAUUCAAGCAAUCUCCAGAAAUAACCCGUGUUUAUGUGAAAUUUAUCCAUCGUUAUGUAGCAUUAUGUAAAAAAAAAAGUUCGUUGUUAUUUGAUUAUUUAUUUAUUUUGCUGUCAAGUUGAGGGAAUACAUGAUUGGAUUAGUGUUUGGGUUAUUUGCCUUGUUUCCUGAGCCUCGUCUGUAGGGAAGUGGUCGGCCACCCUUAUCAAGAAGUGACCUUGUUCUGUGGGAGGAAGGAGGAGCGCAGUAGGUUGGUCAUUAAGUGCUCACCCAUUCUUCCUGGGGAUGUGAGAAUGACGCGGAGCGGGGGGGCGGCGGUGGCCCCGCGGCCGCUAAACACUGUACAGUUUGAGCAUCCAUCACACACUGGCACCCUACUCUACGGUCUCAACACCCUGCGCUCUAAAGGUCUCCUGCUUGAUGUGACUCUCAUAGCUGGUGGUGAGGCAUUUCAGGCUCACCGUGUGGUCCUCGCAUCAUGCAGCGACUAUUUCCGUGCUAUGUUCACCGACGAAAUGCGAGAGCGCUGUCAGUCGGAGAUAUGUUUAAAUGGCGUGAGUGCUGCCGGGCUACGGUGUCUUCUGGAAUAUGCCUACACCAGUCGUCUCUCUCUCAACCUGGCCAAUAUCCAGGACGUUCUGGCAGCUGCCGCUCACGUCCAGGUGCUCACCGUCGUUGAGGCCUGUUCUAACUAUCUCCAGGCACAACUUGACCUGGACAACUGUGUGGACAUUGCCACCAUAGCAGAGACUUACUCACUUCAUAGACUGAGAAAGAGGGUGUAUGCCUUCAUGAGCUCUCACCUACAUCAGUUCAGUAAAAUGUCAGAUUUUCAGCGAUUAACAGUGGUGCAGUUACUGCAUCUCCUGUCUUGUGACUACCCUGUUGACUGUAGUGAAGCACAAGUGUUACUGACUGUGGCAGGUUGGCUCCAGCACUGCCCAUCAGACCGAUCCCGGCACGCUCCCGCCCUGCUGCGUACCCUCAACUUACAGGAGGUUCCUGCUCCGGUAUUGGAACGAGCGGCUCGUCUACCCGUGCUCGAGGAGCCACUGAGAGCCGCGCUCCGUCUCACGGCCCUUCCCAUGACUCCAGCACCUCCUACUGGCCUAGUCAACUCAAGAGGGCUAGAAUUGGCAGUGGUGAAGGUCGGCGGCUUCAGUAUUGCUGGCAUCACGAAUGAGAUUACGUACUUCUUACCCUCGGUUGGCCGUUGGCGCCAUCUUACCACCAUCCCUCAUGUUGAGCAGUGUAAUUAUGGUACCGCUGUGUUGAACAACCAACUCUAUGUCAUUGGUGGUUGUUUCAACCAAUCUCUACAGGAAAACAUUCAUCCAUUUGGGUUCAGAUAUAAUCCCCAGCAGAAUAAGUGGAGCACCAUGGCUCCCAUGCAGCGUGAAAGGUGCAGAUUUUCUCUCAGUGUACUUGGCGGCCAGUUGUACGCCGUAGGAGGAGCCAGCGAAGCCAAUGAUGACGGCAACGCCGAGGAUGAGAGUUUGUGUGAAGCAUAUAACCCUGCUUCUGACACCUGGACCCCCACUGCUGGCCUCCCAGGUGCUCGGGCACAACAUGCAGCUGCUGCUCUAAAUGGUCUCCUCUAUGUUAGUGGUGGCUUGGAAGGGGACCAAGUUCUAGAUUCUUGUCAUGCAUAUAACCCAAGUAGAGGCACAUGGGAGCCCCGAGCUCCCCUCCUCACACCUCGGGCAGACCAUUAUUGUGUCACAUACUCCAACUGCUUAUAUAUCUGUGGUGGAUGGUAUGAAGAUGAGGCCACAAACACCAGGGUACUGGUUGAUACCAUCGACUGCUACAACCCAGCCACAGAUAGUUGGUCUGUGGUCAGUCGUGUUCCCACCCCACGUUAUCAUGCCGGUAUUGUAGUCAUGAGCUCUCGACUCUAUGUAAUUGGUGGAUUUCACUCGGAUGCUACUUUUGAUCGUGCUACAGGGGUGAUAGAGUGUUAUGACCUGGAUAAUGCACUAUGGAGUGUAGAGAACGCUUAUCCUCAAGACAUAUGGGAACACGUUUGUGUUCCUCUGUAUAUCCCUCGCUGCCGAGAUGACAUGGAUGUGUUAGCAAUAACCAAGUAAUUACUGCAACUGAUGGCUAUGUAAAGGUGGCUUUUUAUUAUCAUAUUUUAUGAAAAAAGUACAUGUUGUGUCCUCAUGUUAAUGACAGGUUUUAAAAAGCACAAUAAUACAGUAAAAAAAAGGCAAGAUGUGUUUCCCAUAAUGCAACUGAGCUUUUAUUUUAUUUUAAAAUAUUGUUAAUGUGGAGGUAACCGCCUACAGUAUGUUCUGAGGCAGCCAGAGUAACAUGUGGAAAUUUUCACAGAUGUUAUUAUCCCAGUUGUUUUAUCAAUUAAUGACAAGUUUGGAGCACAAAGAAGCAAACCUCUGUGCUGUCCUCCAAGUGCUGCUAAACCUUGAGAGUAUCUCUAUUUCAGUUACUGGCAUUGAGCAACCCAACUUAGUGACAUCUUUAUUGCUGAGCUGAGAGUGUUACUGCUAUAUAUUGCUUUAUACUUGACCUACAGAUGCAUGACUGUAGACCUUCACUUUGUUACAAUAAUACUCUACUCCACCUUUCUUUUGAAGCAUUAUGAUCUACACCUGUACACCAGUCUGUCUUUAAAUUGGUUUCACUUGAUAGCCUCACAUUUUUCACUUCAUCAACUCAUUGUGUAUUUCCUAGUACAGUACCCAGAUGUUUUAGUGUUUCAUGGGGGUGUAUAUCCUUCACUAGACUCCCCACAGAGAAACCAGGGAACUUCUACAGUUAUUGGGAAAAACUCACAAAUAAUUAAUGAGGCCAAAUGUAUACUGGUAAGUAGGAUGUCUGUGGUAACUUACAGUACUUGGCCAAAAAAUAGGGUAGGGGGUGAUAAAUGGUGUCAGUCUUGAUAUUUAUGAGUUUAAUGUAUGUGUGUUGAUUCGCUUGAAGAAGUAGCUUUAAGAUUGUGUGCUAGACUAUAUGACACAGCAGAUGAUGGCAUUUGACAAAUGCUCAAGGGCCUUGCCAUAUAUUGGUAGCCCUGCAUACCUGAUAUGGUGUUGUAUGUCAUUAUAUAUGUAUUAUAUGCAUUUAUUCAUCAUGGUUAUAUGGCUUGUGAAUGACAAGACAUAUAUUAUAAUAAUACAUUAUACAAAUUUGACAUAUACUGAGAACAUUGUGGAACAUAAUAUUAAUGUUUUGGCAUAUAUCUCUGCGCAUGUUAUCAUUAUAGUAAAUCAACAUUGUUACGUAAACAUAUCUUAACGUUCAGUCAUGUUAUGAAAUAUAUAUUGUUGAUAGAAUAUUGGUGACAUAUGAAACCAUAUACCAGAUGGUGCAGGGUUAUUUAUUCAGACCUGUAAUGUAAUGUAAACAACGAAAUGAAUUGAAGAAAUCCAGGAACAGACAACAUACAUGUGCAUCGGUGCCUGACAAGUCGUGCUGGAUACUGUAUACUGUAUAUUCGUUGUACUGAAAGCAUGUGUUGACAGAAUCCGCACUUAACAUUUGUGAUUCAUACACGUUGUGGACAUCAGAGUUUGUUUAAAUAUUUAGUGUUAAGGUAAACAAUAUUGGGCGCUCACUUUUAUUAGAUUAAUAUUUGGAAUAACAACCUGACAGGUGUGGCUGGGGUUGUUAUCUUGGAGAAGGUAAAAGGGUUCUGGCACAGGGUAGAGCAUUUCCAUCACUGAGGGCAGCAGAACCUUCUCCAACACAUCAACAUACUACAGCCCAGUGAAUCUGUAUGUGCCCACAUCUGCGAACUCCCCGACACCAAUUGAGGGAUUCCACCCAACAACCCCAUGGUGACUCGCCCACUCCCUUCUUACCCACAACCUGUUUGGCUUUGAAUCUGAAGAGAGAAUUAAAUAAAGAUUUGUUUAAUAGACAAUCCUCGACUUGACGCAUAAACUAGCAAACACAUUGAAAACAUGGAUUGACUACACCAGAAGACAGGAGGUGUACUAGAAACAUUCACAACCAUGAAAGAAAAUAAUUAUGCAUAAAAGUAAUACAGGAGAAUACAAAUGUCUUAUGAGGGAAACCAAGCAGCAGAAAUAUCAGAAAACACUUGGUUUCACAUAGAGUAGUGAAUGUAUGUGAAGUUACAUAAGCGGUAUUAAUGAUACCACAGUAAUUCUGUUUGAAACAAAUUAUGAAAAAUAGAGAUAUAUUUCAAUGUUGACAAAGUAUUGUCAGAGACAAGCCUUAAGGAGCAUAUUAGCACCAAUGGGCACAUAAUAAUCUUGCUUAUUUAUACUGGUAAGGGAGAGGGAGAGAAUAUUUGACAGACUUACCUUGUGUUUGGUUGUCGCCAAACAUAAUUUGUAGCUCUAGGAGCAUCGGAUCAGAAAGUUUCUCGUCACAGAAAACAACCUGGUCACAGGAGGCAGCUGUCUUGUUGGCAUACUCUCAAAACGGCCAACACUUGGGUAUCUGCACUGGUCUGCGGCUGUGCAUCCUCAUGGUUUAAUGUCUGUUGCGGAUAGUCUGAAAGCUACAGGAUACAUCAAGGUCAGUGCACAUGGUGCCAGCACUGCAAAAUGGAACAUCACGAAUGGGAAGCUGCUAUGGCUUGGUCCAGGGACGGAGAAAGGGCAAUAUUAAUAUGAAAUGUGGUUAUUUAUAUAAAUUACCCCCAGUUAUUUCAUUUACUUUACUGUAUAUUAUGUAUUUACUGAGACAUUACUAACCUGGUCUUCCUCUGGAGCUGUGUAGUGAGGGUGGCCGCUCCGAGGCUGGUUGUCAAUGCUGCCCGAAUCCUCAUAGUGCCAUAUCCCGAAUGCCACUGUUGGAUUGGAAGCGCCAAACUGCCUCGCAAUGUGUGCUUUUCUGUAGCCCCCGUUGUGAAGGAUGAUGAUUGCUUCACGCAUACUCUGUGAUGUUUCCAUGAUGAAUGACGUCCAUGACAGUGUACAGUAUUGAUAUUGGCUCUGAAACAUUAUCAUACACUUAGUAGAACUGUAAACAGUAAACCAAAACCCCUUACCUGAAACCCCCUUAAACAUCGCCCUUAUGAUAUACCUGUAUAUGAAUGUGGGCGUGUUUUGACAUCAGUCAGACCCCUCCGUAAAGGUACUUUUUGGAGCGAGUAUACAGUAAUCUGAUGUGGAAUUAAGAGGCUGGGUGUUUAUACUGUGUAUGUGAAGAUCUGACAUUGUCUAAGUUUUAUGCUUUUAGAUUUUUCAUGGGAAUAUUUGGAAUACAGUAUUUUCAAAUUGACAAAAAUCUCGGCCAAAAAGGAAAGUCAACGAGGCAGUAAAAAAAAAAGCUUUGUAGGACUCCGCUUUGUUCACAGAUUAGAAGGGAAAGAGCCAAAAAUUUGAUGAGAUGGAAUUGACAGUUGUUUGUGUGGGUGGAGCUGAAGUAUAGACAAACCUUGGGAGAUUUGUUUGGUUGAUAGUGUGGUUAAAAAUAUGAUGAUGAGGGCAUAGUGUGUGUGUGGGGGAGUAUAUACAGUAUCUCAAAUUAUUUCUUUAUUUGUGUGUGGUGGAUUAAUAGAUUGGCUCAUGUAUAUAAAAAAGGAUGGUAUUUUACAGUAUAUCUAGGUUAAGAUCGCUAAAAUAUAUAUAUCAGGCUGCUGAAUUGAUCUAAUUCUUUAAAAUUUUCAUAAAAUUGUAAAGUAAAAAAUAUUACCAAUAUGUUGUGUUAAUAAUAUGUUCUUUUAUAUUAUAUAAAAAUGCUUAUAACUAUAGUAAUGGAAGUUUUGGUAUACACUACAAGCUGAACAGUAUACUGUAUAACAGUUAGUAUUAUUACUAUGGACAAGUAUUGACUUUUCCUCAGAUACACUAUGUAGACACAGUACAGGCAGAACUGUGUGUGAUAGUCUCAUGCAAAAUGUUUGUCAUGUGGUGUAAAUACAAGAAACCUCAAGAUAGAACAUUGUUGGACCAGAACGAUACCAUAAAUGUGUCUUAUAUGGGACUUAGAUGUGGGCACACCAUCUAAAUAUGGCAACUGUUAUUACACACACAAGAGCAUGAGGACACCAUGAAUGUAUGUAAAAGAUCACAUGGAAUAAUAUACAGUAUAGAUUUAAUUUUAUGCCCCUACUGUAGGCAAAGGGAGGGGUAUAUAAUGCUACCUCUGUCAGACACUUUGUGGACAAUUGGUUUUCUCUUAAUAACUGAGCUAGGUGUCACAGAUCAAAAGGAAAUUGAAUAUGCAACUUUUUUCAAGAAUUUUCAGGCUGAAUUAUAUAAUCAGCAACGUCCAUGUCUCUUUACGUGUGUUUUGGCUCCUGUUUGACUUAGAAAUUUUGGCAUCAGUUAACAUGAUCUUCACUGAUUGUCUAAGGUAGUUCUUCAUUGGCUGGAGACUUGACUUUGUAAACAUUAUCAGCCAGCAUGAAGAAUUCUCACCCAGUGUUUUGAAACAUAAUUUUUAGGUGUUUUACAUUUGAAAGAGAACACAUGACCACCAAGUGAGAUGUGGGGAAAGUUUAUGCCUGUGCCACUUACUGUCAAUGUACUGUAUGCAGUUUUGUACAUGGUAGACAGACAGACUGAUGUGUAAUGAACAUGACCUCAAAACACAUACUAUUAGUGUUAUUGAGUCUUAUGAAAUUGUUAUUUUCUUAAUUGACUAAGCCUAGAAAAUGGCUAUAAAUAUAAAAGUUUGUUACUGUGGCUGAAAGUUUUGUUAUAAAGAUAAGACUAGAAUGGGGGAGUGUGUCUUGUGUGGAAGAGAGCUGAGUGUGGGGAAGUGUACUGGUGUUCUUACUGUGGCAGAUGGCACCAGACGUUAAUUAUUUAGAUAGAAUACAACAAGGGCAUAUAAACUCAGUAAGAAAUGGUUUUUUUUUUUUAAGGUACUGUAUAAUAAAGUAAUGUUUCUCUAAAGUCUGUUUUGGCUUUACUUGACUAGAUUUAUAAGUCAUAACAUCAUCACAACUUUUGACUUGUACGGUUAUCUGCACAAACUCUUAAGUGAUGUUUGGUAACUGGCACCAUUUCACUUUUGUUUAUUUCAGAAUUGUGCGCCUUUACUCGUAGCGUUGGAAUAGUUAGAGAUAACCUUAUUUUACUGCUCUGGAAAUUGUCUUUCAUCAAGUGAUAUUGUAGAUUGUAGAUUUCUUUCUUAAAGGGCAUAAUAAUAAUAAUAAUAAUAUAUUUGUAAGGUACAGUAGUCAUAUUCAGUCUGGUUGUGAUGGAAGUAUUUAUAAAUAAUAUAUUUAAGAUGUAAAAGUGCAGGGAUGAUAUUUCUACAUUAAAGAAGGUGGCAACUCUUCCAGCCUGCCUUUUUUUUCUGUUGAUAGUUUACAGAAUGUGGAAUCUAUAGGGAGGUAAUGAGUUUCUUCAAGUAAUGUAUGGUGUUGAGGUCGACGCUGGUAGUUUAUAAAAUUACCGCCUUCUGAGUCGUAGAAGCUCUCUCUCGUUAUCUUGCCAUUCAUGUUAGAGCAACCGGCAAGUUCCUGCUCAAACAUAGAUUUUAUUUUGCCAUGGAUUAAUAGUGUGCUGGCAUGUAAGUUUGAACAAAUUUUAUGUUUUCUUAGGUUUUUGAUUGUAUAUUUAUCAAACUCACUUUAAAGAAAAAAUUAUAUUACGGUGUUAAAGAUAGAGUAGCAAUAUGCACAAAAAACAUAGUACCAUUAGAGUGGCUCAUGUUAAAAAAAACUAUACACCAUAAAUAUUUGUACUGUAUGCAGUUCAAACCCUAUGUUACUGCCCCUCAAUAUAGCUCACUCCAGCCUUGGUUAAAUUCUCAUGUGUUGUGGCACUAAAUAGGUAAUGAACAAUAUGUAUUUGUAUGUAUGUAUGUGCUGUUUUGUGAAGAGAAAGCUAUACAGUCUGUACAUGAUGAGGUCCAGGCACAGAGGUAAUGCUAGAUCUUUGAAGUAACACUGAUUUGUACACAUUAGUUGGUCUCUGAUACAGCCAGCCAUUAUUUAAUGAGAGGAGGUUGAGGGAGUGAAGGAUAAAUCUCUUCAGGGGUGUCUUGGAUGGUAGUCUCCCUGGGUAGGAUUUUGGGGAUUAAAGAAACUAUUGGGAUGGUUCCUGAAGUACAACUGAAGGUAGUGAGUGGGAUGAAUUAGGAAGUGUGUAGUGUUUUAUAUGACUCCUGAAAUAUAAUACUGUACAGUAAAAAUGAAUCGUGUGUAUAUUGUGUUUAUGAUUGAUUUUAUUAAGAUCUUGUUAAUCAUCUUAUUAUCUUCUCAUGUAUCAAGAUGGAGUAUCAAGUGCAAGAUGAAGUUCAAUAUACAGUACUAGCUCUUUGUUUUCCAUGGUGGAAAUUAGUUUGAUUUUAAAAAGGUUUCACAUAUACAGUAUUAGUGUAUUGUAUGCAAAAAUGUACUGUUGUUUAAUUAGGUAAUACUACAACAAAUGAUUUGUCUUGAAAGGGAAUUAAUAUGAGAUAGCAUCUUCAUAUAAAACAUUUGCUAUGGUUUACAAACUAUCAUGAGUUAUAUCAUGGUAAUAUUUCCUUGUCAUUAAUAAAGUGUAUGUUACUUACAUUUUUUAAGUAACAGACUUCAGAAUAUUCUCUUGCUGUAAUUUUUGGGCCCACUACAAAAUAUUUUUGUAUGGCCACUAAUGGUGAUAAGAAGAAAAUAUUUGUUGUAAGCAGCAUGUUAUAUGUCCUUACAGCAGUAGAAUAAAUAGAAAACAUAAAUUUGUGUUGGAACAUCACAUGCCACUGAGAAUUUCUGCUUGUAGUAAUUUGUGGAGCAACUACUGUACUGUACCUUGAUUGUGAUGAUUAUCCAUCAUCAUUCACACAGACAAAAUGAAACAGAUUAUAUUGUACAGACCAUCAGUAAUUAUGUAGACCUGUACUUUAAAUCUCUCAGUGUAUAUUUGUGAGGCUUUUUCUCAAAGUCUUUGUCAUGUGAACAUCUUUUAGGUGAAAAACAACAAAGUCGCACUGUUUUUAAUAUCGAUGGAAUUGAUGCUCGUAUUCCUUUAUCAUCAAGAGGGAACCUUUGGUUAUGGUUAUAUUGUUUAAGAGGCCUCACUGGGUUCUCGGAUGAUUGUCUGAUGAGAUAUGUACAGUAAACACAGGAGUGAGUGCUUCUUCCCAUUAUGUCAACCUUCAUAACAUUUUCUUUUUGAUAGUUUAAUAUAUUUUUUAUCCCCACUAUCAUGUAGCUUCUUCAAACUAGAAGUACAGUAGGUAAAUGAAAUGGUCAACCUAGUAGAUAAAAGUUGAAAAGGAAAUCAUUAAGAUAAAAUCAAAUGUUUAGAUAAGUUGAUAAUUGUAUAGAUAAAUAAUGAGAUAAGUUAUGAUGAAAUUUGAGAUAUGUAUAGGUAAGGUUGGCUCACAAUGAUGCUGCCUCGGCAUUACUGUCCAUAUACUGUAUAAGAUCCCUUGUGCAUUGACAGUGCCUUGUGUUCUCUCAUGUUGCCGUGGCGAUAUGUAGACUAGAGAGCGAAUAAAUUUUUGAAGUUUGUCAA